GCGGCGGCGGAACAAUGGCGAAGUCGAUGAGAUGCAAGAGAGAGAAGAGGCUGCGAGCUAUCCGGAGAGAGAUGGUAGAGCCCUACUACGAGAAGAAAGACGAAGCCAAGCUCGCUGCCCAAGAAGCUGCCCUCGCCGCCCCUAAGCUGCCCGUCAAGCCCUCUUCCAAGGCCUCCUCCUCCAUGGAGAUCACCCCUGUCAGCACAUCUGAAAACGCAAUGGAAGUGGAGAUGGCUGAUGGCAGUCAGACAAAGAGUUCAUUGAAGCCUUUUGGGGGGAUAAGUAAGAAAUCCCAAAGGGUUUUCAAGGUGGGCAAGAGAAGGCGCCAUGGCAAGGGCAAGGGCUCAAAGGUUAAGAAGCGUCAUAUCUGAGAGACAGAUGUGUCUUGCACCUUAGAGAGUUUCAAGUGUAUGUAAUCUCUGAGGAGCUCCCUUCCAAACUCCAAAUUACAAUCAUGGUUCUCUACUCGUUCUAAUGAAUCUCUGACGUAGCUCCCUUCCAAGGCUCCAAUAUACAAUCAUGGUUCUGUACUCGUUCUAAUGAAUGUCUGAGGUACCUCCAUUCCAAGGUUCCAAGUUACAAUCAUCGUUCUGUACUCGUUUUAAUGCACAAGACCAGUAUGCUCUAAUUGUCUCAUUGUGUGGUAAAUUAAACAACUUGGUGUUACUUUAUGGUUAUACAUUUUUUGUUUUUGUUCUCCCAUAU